AUGCGGCGGGUGACAAACAAGGGCAAGAAGAAAGGUGGCACGAUGUUUUCUGCAGAGAGCAUCCAGCGCAUCUGCGUGCUGAAAACACUCAUUCAGAGGCGACCAGAAAUUCCCGAUGAUGCACUCCUGAUAUUCUCUGAUUUGGACGAGGUACCUUCGGCGCAGGCCAUUCAGAUGUUGAGGCUUUGCAAGACCAAGCCCAGUGCAAAGGAUGGCCCAUGGAUCCAAGCGCACUACCCCUUGCCAUACAACCUCCGCGUGGGCUGCAAGCCACGGAAGCAGUCGGAGUUGCACUACCAAGGUGUCUUCACGACGAUGGGCUACUUGCGCAGGAAGAAGGGCCUGGCACUGCGGUACAACAUGAGGAGGAACUUGGUUGUGCCAAGAGCGGGCAUUCACCUGACUUAUGUUGGCUCCCGUGCCGACGUGGACUACAAGCUUUUGCAUCACGGUGAAAGUGGUCAGGUCCUUGCCACCAAGGCAACGGCCAACGGCAAGCGGCUGAACUUCUGCCAGAUUGAUGACAAGACGCUGGCGUCGAUGGAGCAGCUGUUGCGAGACAACCCCGUAUCGGUGGCACGGGCUUGGGAACGAGGCAAGUCCUCGGUGCUGCGGAAAGAGCCUGUGGGUGAUCUCUCGAAAUGUCAAGUGCCUUGGGCACUCCUUGCACAUCCAGAGCGCUAUCCCCAUUUCUGGGGCAGAGAGUACAGCUAG